CCCUACCCAGCUCCCUUCUGUCCAAGAGCCCAGAGCAAGGAGCUGCUAAUCCCCCACCUCCAAGGGGCCCUGGGCUGCUGAGAGACAUGAUUGCAAGUGCCACCACAAACGGGCCCCGUCCCAGGCUGUAACUACUGUCUUUGGGAAACAAACAGAUUCUACAGUCACCGUCUGAGCCAGGAACUGCAGCGGGGAAACAAAAAUCAACGCCAGUUCCCUUCCUCUUCAUAGCAAACUCACUUCUGAGGGAAUAUCCUGCCCAGGGGAACAGUGUCAUCAGAGGGGCUCGUUUUAUUCUGUCAUUGUACAGCGCUUUGGUCAUGGAAGAACUGCCUGUUCCGAGACCUGCUGUAAUCCCAGACAGAACAAGGAGAAGAGCUGCAGGUCCGAUAUGCAAGGCCGUGAGGCGAUCGUGAGCAGUGCCCACAUAGCAGGUGAUGGGAUGCCGAGAAAGAAUGAGGAGCAGAAGCCCCUGCAUGAAGCCCCUGAGGUGGUGGAGCCUCCCAUGACUUUACCCACAAGAUCCCAGAGCCCUGAAUGGGGAGGUGCCCGUGAGACUCAGUGCGGAUCAGAAAAGCGGCGGAGGAACCCGCUGGCACAGAGCCGGGGUAAAUCUGCUCGGGUUGGCGAUGGCCUCACCCACGAGGAGAGACCAAAUACGUGCAUGGACUGCGGGAAGAGCUUCAACAAGAGCUCGUCUCUGAUUAUCCAUCAGAGAACCCACACAGGGGAGCGGCCCUACGCCUGCCCUGAGUGCGGGAAACGCUUCACCCAGAGCUCCACUUUCCUGCGGCAUCAGCGGAUCCACACUGGCGAGCGGCCCUAUGACUGCGCCGAGUGCGGAAAGAGCUUCCGGGUGAGCUCCCACCUGGUCCGGCACCAGCGGAUCCACACGGGAGAGCGGCCUUACGUGUGCACUGAAUGCGGGCGGAGCUUCAGCGUCAGCUCCCACCUGGUGCAGCAUCAGCGGACGCACACGGGCGAGCGGCCCUACCGCUGCGCCUGCGGGAAGAGCUUCAGCCUGAGCUCCCACCUCAUGCAGCACUGGACCAUCCACACGGGCGAGCGGCCCUACCAGUGCACCCAGUGUGGGCGGAGCUUCUCCAUGAGCUCCGCCCUCAUCAGGCACCAGAGACUCCAUACGGCGGAUGCGCCCCGCCAGUGCGCCCAGUGCGGGAAAAGCUUCAGCCGCGGCUCGGAGCUGAGCGAGCACCAGAAGAUCCACACAGGGGAACGGCAGCAUGAGUGCGCCCAGUGCGGGAGGAGCUUCGGCGCAAGGUCCAAUCUCCUCCAGCAUCAGCGGACCCACGCGGGCGAGAGGCCCUACACCUGUGUCCACUGUGGGAGGAGCUUCAGCCGAAGCUCAAACCUUAUUACACACCAGAGAAUCCACAUGGGCUAAGAGCCUGGCCCAUGUGAAAACCAUGGGCCAACAGUUACAGGCCACAUCCCAUCCAAGACAUGGGCAUCUCCUCCUUUUGGGGCAUGUGGAGUUCUUUCCCACUCAUGUGCUGCUCUUGGGAUGCGGUGGGGUGAGAAGACAAUGAGGAGAUGUUGUGGGAAGGGAUCUUUUGGGAUACAAGGUAACCAGGAAAGGAGGCAGAAGUGGGUGUUGUUGGUGAGUCAUGAUGGGUCACUUGCUGGAGGAUUCUCUGCCGCUCGAGGUCUUCAAAUCACUAUUUGAGGACUUCAGUAACUCAGACAUAGGUUAGGGGUUUGUUACAGGAGUGGGUGGGUGAGAUUCUGUGGCCUGCGUUGUGCAGGAGGUCGGACUAGAUGAUCAUAACGGUCCCUUCUGACCUUAAAGUCAAUGAGUUUGAGUUGGGUGAGUGAAUGGAGCAAGGUUCCCAGGUAACUCUGGGCCUGUUUGAUUAUCAGUGAAUUUGCAUACUUACAUUCUCUUUUUUUCCUUUUUAUUAGCUGGCAAAUCUUUUUUUCAUUUGGGUUGCUUGGGGAAUCCUGAGCCGUGCACGUCUUGGCCUUGGGCAGGGAGUGAGCUGGUCAAAGAAGGGUGAUCUGAGAUGCCCUCCAAUUAAGGAAAGUCUGGAGUGUUAAAAGGAGUGGACAAGUAAACACACCAGAGGCUAAAUGCAUGUGAAACCGGGUAAUCUAAAUGGCAGAGCUGGUUGAAAACCAACAAACUGAUUUUCCGGGGCGGGGAGUCAAAUCUAACACCAGGACCGCUGUAUUGAUGGUGGUGUUCAUUUUCAUACCAAAAUCAUUAAAAGCCUCCUUUCUUCAUUUAAAUGAAACUGUCACCAAAUUUCUAGUCUGCUGCAACAGAGCACUGCAGAAUCCAGAGACUUUGCUGCAAGAUUUAGGUUCAGCUGCUGCAAGGACUUGGAUAGAUGACAUAUCCAUAUAGGAGUUUGGCUGUAUAGCAAUGUCAAAUUAAAAUGGCCAAAUUAAAGAAAAAUCCUCCCAUUUCUCUCUUGGGGUCACUGCUGCACACAUUUAGUACCAUGCAGACUGCAUACUGACAUAUAUAGUCUCACUGAUGUCAGUGUGACUGCAGACACUAGUAGGUACUAAGCUUGAUAAGCAUUGGCAUGACUGGGCCCUUAUUUGGUAUGUUUCCCUUGUGCUUGUACAGAAUGCGUGUUCUCCAUCCGGUUUCAUGUGACAGUGUUUCCAAAAGUUAAUAAUAUAUUUGACCAUCGAAAA